CGUCUGUAGUCUCCCCUUUCCCUUUCUUUCCCAACCUGCAUAACCAGCUCGUUCCAUUGCAGACCAAACUGAACACUGCAUUUUUACUCUCGUUCACUACCACUGUCCGUUGUUUAUCCUCUGUUUAUACUUCUCCCUCCGCCGCCCUCAGUUGGCUCACGUUCAUUACCAGAGAGACUUUUCUCUCGUUCACUCCUUUUGUACAAAUCCCUCGACCUAAACGCCAGCUUCCUCCCUUUCCUCAAUCCCGCCGCUCUCCAAAUUCCGAGAGAGCACUCGAGCCUCCGCGUCUAACAUUCCAGCACUGAUCAUAUGAGUCUCUGGCUUUAUUCGUCGGGCUUCAUUUUCUGCAGUCCCACAUAACCUAUACACUCAUUGACAAUCUCCUCCAUAGCCAGUCUUUGAGAGACUGCUGCGUACACUCGUUUCGAGAAUCCCACAAUCAACAUGAGGUUCUCGUCGAUUGCCUUGACGGCAGUCACUGCCUCGGCCACUCUCGCCCAGCCUCACGUCCACAAACAUCGACACUUGCACGAGCACAAGGAGCGCGAUGUUACCGAAACCGCCUGGACAGCUGGCCCGACUGCCUACGUUUAUAUGCUCAAUGGCAAGGAGCUGUCGGCUGGAGAGGUGUGCGAAGGUCUGGAGGAUCAUGAAUUGAAGUUCGUGGAUGGUCAAGAUCCCGGUGUUUGCUCCCAGGUUUCGACCACCUCCAGCAGCUGGUCUUCGGCUCCUUCCACUUCAACGGAAUCGAGUACAACCACUUCGACCACCACAACCUGGUCGGCUCCUGCCUCCUCCUCUCCGGCGGCCGAGUUCUUCCAGAGCCCAUCUUCAGCCUGGUCCAGCCCAAGCGAUUCUGCUAGUUCUAGCUCAUCGCCCACACAGUCUUCCUCUGUGUCCUCUGGCGGCACCGGUAUCACUGCUUCAUUCCCGGACGGUCAACUUGAUUGCAGCACUUUCCCCUCCCAGUAUGGUCCUAUCGCCCUUGAUUAUCUCGGAAUGGGUGGCUGGGCAGGCUUGCAGGCAGUUUCGAUCGCGGGUGGCUUGGUUAACCACAUUGUGACGGGCGUGUCGGGACAGUCUUGCUCAGAAGGAAUGAUGUGCUCCUACGCUUGCCCCCCCGGCUAUCAGAAAUCCCAGUGGCCUUCAACCCAAGGUGCUACUGGCCAAUCCGUCGGCGGCCUCUCUUGUUCAGGCGGCAAGCUUCAUCUGACAAACCCGGGUCUCUCAAGCAGCCUUUGCAUUCCUGGUGUUGGUGGCGUCCAAGCUACCAACGACGCUAGUGGUGUUGUUGCCAUUUGCCGUACAGAUUAUCCUGGAACUGAGUCUGAAACCAUCCCAGUCGAACUUCAAUCUGGUGAAACUGAGCAAUUGACCGUUCCUGAUGCCGCCACCUACUACGAAUGGCAAGGACAAUCAACCUCUGCCCAGUACUAUCUGAAUCCCAUUGGAGUGUCUGCCGCUCAAGGUUGCCAAUGGGGAUCACCUGGACAAAACAUUGGCAACUAUGCGCCCAUCAACUUCGGCGUGGGUGCCAAAGGAGGUGUGACUUGGUUAUCAAUCUUCCAAAAUUCUCCAACAACCAACGCCCAAUAUCAAGGCACCGUUGAGUUGAAGGGUAAUUUGUCUGGAUCUUGUAAAUACUCCAACGGUCAAUAUUGCGGUGCUAGUGGAUGCAACUCGCAAGGAUGCACUGUCUCGGUCAUAUCGGGCACUGCAACCUAUGUCAUCUCCAACUAGACCAAACAUCGAAACAAUAUCUCCCUGUACAUGUUACGAUCUUCUUGCUUUCAUACCGCAUAUCACACCCGGCGUUGACGUCUGGGUUUUCUUACGCAUUUUUCGUUGCUGGUUUAGAGCGUGGUGGAGCCUUCAGGAUCUACAGUGGUCGACGAUGUCUUGUUGGAUAUUUGGGAUAUCAGAAAAAAGACCUCGAGAGCAUAUGGAGCGGCACGUGCUACAGCAAAAUAUUUGUUCUGGUACGGAGUCUCCCUUCCGCGGGAGACUGACGAGUUGUCUCGGCUUCGUCUCCAUGUCCAAGAUACCCCUUCCGCUGGACAUGGAGACGAAGCGCGAGCCAAUGAGGGCAAAAUGUGGUUGUCUAGGAGGUAAACUCAUCUUAUGCCAGACAAGUGAAGCAUCAGAUGCCAGUGAAAUCAAAGAGAGUGGAACUAGCUGCAGGGAUAUUUGGCUCUUUACAGACUCAAGACACGACUACUUAUGGGAGACGUCUCUACGUGGCCAAAUCUUUGAUCAACUGCGGCGGCAUUCAACUUCAUCCACUGGUCUCUGGGUUAAGAUAUGCGCAUGAAGAGUACGCAUUGAAGAACGUGUCGGCCGAGGCGAGAGCUGGACAAGGACGUCUCGCGAAAGUUUGACUCGGCGGCGUGUCGCUGUGUUCCGAUAUCCAACAUGCUCGUCUAGACGUGGCAAUGGUGUACAAUAUCAAUAGAGGGGAUACCAUGCUCGCAACUAGCUACAUGUAGCACAUGUAUCAUGUACUAGACAACGCCAGGGUCUCAAGGUCGAUUUUCUUCUUGUGCAGUGAAGCCCAAUUCCCCGAUGCGAAUCGAUGUUGUUACAUUGAUCCUAUUACUUCGCUGUCAACAACAUACACUUUUGCACCGUUGGCCCGGUUUUCGCUGAUCUUGG